AUGGGUGUAAAUAGUUCCCGUCAACUUCACGGCGAAGCGAACACCAACUCCAGCCUAUCACAUUCAGACUUGAGUACGGCAACCAUUGACGAAGUAGCACCGACUAAGUCAAUACCGAAUGGUAGAGUGAAUCAUGGCGAUCAUUUUCCUGUGGAUCGUGACCUUUCCAUGAACUCGGGUAUUGCGUCCAAUGGUCAUCUCUCCAGUGGCAAUGUAUCUAGCACAGAUCCCCCUUCCAGCACUGCCAGUGACACCGGAAUCGAAAAGCGUGCAACACGGAAAAAGACGAGGAUUAAAGUCGGCGAGAAAUGCAUCUUUGACACUUUAUCUGAUGUGCUUAUUGUCAAAAUAUUCUCGUAUUUAACGACACUAGACAUAUGUAAAUCUUCGCAAGUAUGUCGUAUGUGGUAUCACCUCAGUUGGCAACCGUUGCUAUGGAGACAAAUAAAACUGCAAGGAAAUUUUAUAAACAUUGAUCGUGCAUUAAGAGUACUUACAAAACGUCUCUGCCGACAGACGCCGUACGUGUGUUUAACGGUGGAAAGGAUUAUAUUAAGCGGUUGCGAAAGGCUCACUGACCGAGGAUUAUACGAAAUAAGUCGUCGGUGUCCUGAGUUGCAACACUUAGAGUUAUCAUUCUGUUACCAGAUCACAAACGAUGCGUUGUUCGAAGUUAUAUCAAAAUGUCCGCACUUGGACUAUUUAGACAUUUCAGGUUGCCCGCAGAUAACUUGCAUCGACCUCUCGCUUGAAGCAAGCUUACACGCAUGCCCGCUUCAUGGAAAACGUAUCCGUAUCCGUUACCUCGACAUGACAGACUGUUAUGCAUUGGAAGACGCUGGUCUACAGAUCAUUGCGUCAAAUUGCAUUGAACUUGUCAAUUUGUAUUUACGUCGCUGCGUGAACAUUAGUGACGUUGGAGUACAGUACGUAGCGACCCAUUGUACAGCACUGCGAGAGCUGUCCAUCAGUGACUGCCACCGAAUAACGGAUUAUGCAUUAAGAGAAGUUGCAAAGUUGAACACACGACUUAGGUAUUUGAGCGUGGCAAAAUGCGAACAUGUAACAGACGUUGGAGUCAGGUACAUCGCCAAGUAUUGUUUCAAAAUCAGGUACUUGAACGUCAGAGGCUGCUAUCAAAUCACAAACUUAUCCAUGGAGCACUUGGCUCGUAACUGCCAACGGUUACGAUCACUGGAUGUGGGAAAAUGUACUGCCAUUUCAGACGUUGGACUAAGUAAAGUUGCGGCCAACUGCAUGAGUUUGCGUAGACUUAGUAUCAAAUCGUGCACGUCCAUUACCGAUAAAGGCAUAUCAGCGCUAUCCAAAUGCUGUCCGGAUUUACAACAGCUUAACAUUCAAGAGUGUAAUCUCUCGUUAGAAGCCUACCGAGCGAUCAAGCGAGAGUGUAAACGUUGUAUCAUUGAACACACCAACCCCGCCUUUUAUUGA